AUGUAUAACUGCUUGGCCCGCGCCAUCAAAAAAGAACUCGUGCCAUGCGAUCGGAAGUUUGGGAUGGAUAUUCUCGUCUACAAUCCUUUGACUGGUGGUGUACCUUCAGGUCGCUACAAAAGCAAAGAAAUCCUCGCUGACGGCGGUCGGUACUCGACUCAGGACCCUGUCAUUGGAGUGAUGUGUCGCGAUAGGUAUUUCAAGGAUGUCAACUUUGAAGCCUUCAAGUUAAUUCAGCCUGUCACUGACAAAUUGGGGUUGACGCUCUUGGAGAUUGCGUUCAGAUGGCUUCUUCACCAUAGCAAGCUCCAGGUCAUUGAUGGAAACGAUGGGUUGGUUAUUGGCAUCAGCUCGCUCAGCCAGCUUGAGAGUAGUCUGGAUAAUGUUGAGAAGGCUCCUUUGCCAGAAGAGGUUAUGGAGAAUGGCUGCUUCGAUGCCAGCUUCCCUGGCGGUUCAUGUACCAAUGAUCCAGCCUGCAUGUGCACCCAGAAGAAGUACCGCGAGGCGUAUUUCUGCUGUAUGGCCAAGAAAUGCGACGCAGAUGUGAUGCCUGAAUCUGUCGAGCGCCAACAUACAGGAUGCCAGGCUAGGAACCUUGACUUCACCUUUGACGCCGAGAAGGUUUGCGGUAUGAAGUUGGACGCGAGCAGUACCUCUUCCGCGUCUUCAACCAUGAGCGAUGCCAUAAACACUUCGAACGUUUCACACGGAUCUUCAGCGACAUCGGCACCUGCCUCUACGACAUCAGAUGUAGAAACUACGAGUGGCACCAAGGACGCCGAGAGUGCUUCAAGGACUUCAAGUACUGCUCAGGAGUCAUCUACAGGUGGUGCAGCACCUGUGACUGACAAUGCACAACGCUUGAGUAUACCAGUUGGUGGAAUCGCCGUGCUUCUCAUGAUUACUGGGAUGCUUCUUUAG